CCCGAACAUAUCACCAAUCCGGACUGGCGUCGAGCGCUCCACUUCUAUUUAAUACCGAUCAACCCCUACACAUCUCAAGCCUCUUUGAAAUGUCAACUAUUCCACAUUCGCGAGCCGACGUAGAAGUGAGCUUGACGCGGGGUGCCUGUCGGCAAAAGUGGAAAAUCCAAUGAGUACGAGGGACAACUUUUGUAUCAUAUGGACACAGGAGACAUUGCUGUCCAAGGCGCCGCUGUCUCCCAUGUGGUUUUUUUGGUGGUUUAUGCUUGCUUUGUUUCACAGAUCUCAGCAUGGCGUUGACGGUGAUGAGCUGCGAGUGGCACCUCGUCUCAUGAUUUCCAGGAUCGCAUGCAGCGAAGGUUCGGCUUUGGCAUUCUAUAUUACAGUUCAGCUUAAAUAACGGAAAAUCUUUUCCCAAUGAUGUUUACAUUUUGAGAGGUGACAAUCUAGAAUCGAUC